GAGAGCGGGUCCUUAAAAAAAAAUAGGAUUUCACUUCUCUUCUUGCAGAUUCGACAGAAGGCCUUUCUUUCUUGCUUCUCAUCCCGAAAGACUAUGGGCAUCAAAUUAUGCUAAUUUGAAACAUGACACUUAAUAUAUAAGGCAUAUAAUCGAUAAGGCUAUCAUGAAAAUCAAUUCUCUCGGGGAAGCCGCGCGAACGUAGUGUGGAAUCUGCACCGAGGCAUCCCAGAAUUUGGGGCAGUCUGUGGCUGGGAUUGUUUAGCUGCGGUUCGCGCCGCGCUCGAACCCCCGGUCCUAAUACAAACCGUCGGCGCGAGAGGCGCCCCGGGGCGCGGGCGCUAGGUCUCUGAGACUGGAGACCUGGUUCCCGCCACUUUCCUGAGUUACUUAGGCUCAUUUCUCCUUUCAGUGUUGGUCCGGUCGCCUCGGGAAACCCUCACUUUGCUUGGCAGCUGCUGGCUGAGCCGGAGCCAGAGCUCGCAGGCUGGCUGUGCUUCGGUUUGGACCGAGGUCUCCUGUCUGCUGUACUCACCGAGGCUCCUGAGUUUCAGAUCCAUGCUGUAUUUGAAUCUUACUCUUCUUCAAAAUAUGUUUUCUGCUAAUGAAGAGGAUGUGUUCCUGGGGCGUACUUUACUGUCAGAAAUUUCAUUACCAGAGAUGAAAAUUGAAAGACUAGGAGCUGAUAUUCAAUAAUAUUCAAUAAUGGCAACAGGUGACCUAAAAAGAAGCUUGCGGAAGCUAGAACAAGUGCUUCGUUUGCUAAAUUACCCUAAUGAUGUCGAUUAUGUCGGUUUGAUGAAGGGAGAAACAGCAGCAUCCCUGCCUAUCAUCAGCUAUUCUCUUACCUCAUACUCCCCUUAUAUAUCAGAGCUUCUGAUGGAAUCCAAUAUCGAGCUCUUAGCAAAGAAUGAUGUGCGCUUUACAGAUGUCGUCUAUAAGCUUCUUCGUGAUCAAUUUGAUUAUAAACCAAUCUUGACAAAAAAGCAGUUUAUACAGUCUGGAUUUGCUGAAUGGAAAAUCCAAAUUGUCUGUGAUAUAUUGAAUUGUGUGAUGAAAAAGAACAAGGAAUUGAUUGGCUUUGAAAAGAAUCCAUCAUGCCAAAGAAAGAAGAACAUUCCUGAAAAGCCAGAACCUUGUUCAAGCAGUGAGAAGCCCCCUGCAGAGGCUGUUGGCAUUGAUAUCACUGGGAGGUUUAUGACUUCAGGAAAGAAGAAAGCAGUGGUGAUCCGUCACCUGUACAUUGAAGAGAAUGAUGACAUUCCUGAAGGGACAGUGAUUUCAACAGAAGGGAGUGAAGUGUGCGACAGGGAAGAAGAGAAGAUUUGUGACAUAAUGACUGCUGAAGAGCAGACCUCGGAGAUCAGGGCUGAGCUGCAAGAUAUAUGGGACAGUCCUGUGAUUACUGGACUUCAGACCACAGUGGCCCAAUGCCAAGAACAGCUGAAGAAGCUCACUUGGCUGGAGAAAAGGCUCGAGUGUUUGGAAGCCGCAACCAAAGGGAAAGUGAUGGUCGAUGAAAAGGCCUGGAAUAAUCUCCUAAGUCGAGUCACUCUUCUUGAAACAGAGAUGCUUUUGUCUAAAAAGAAUGAGUGUAUAGAGCAUAAUGCAGCGAGUGAAGACUGUGACUCUGUUAGUGGCGUGGAUGCUAUGCCCUACGAUAAAAGAUACGGUGUUUCACAGAUAAAAGAUACAGGAAGCACAUGUCGCUCGUCUGUCUAUAGUACGGUGUCAUCAGAGUCGACGUCCAGGGGCUCCACUGAUUACUGUGGCCUGAAAGAAUUUUCAGAGGGAACAACAAUCCAGAAAAUGGAAAGGAUGAAAAAAAUGUUUGAAGAGACUGCAGAGUUACUGAAAUGCUCGAGUCACUAACUGCAGAAUUUUCUGCAUAAAUGUCUCUAGGACUUGGCUACUUAUAUAUUCUAUACUUAAUACUUCAUUUUGUAAUUUUAAUAUACUUAAUAUUUUAUUAAGAUUUGAAUU